GCUAGGGAGGGUGCAGCAGACUUGCGGCCCCGGGGGCCGAGCCAGGCGCAGGCCACGUAGGGCUGGGCCGCCCCCGCCGUGCCCGCCCGCCCUCCCGCUCCGAUGCGGUGCUGAGGCCCAGCAUGGCCGGUAUGGGCCCCACCUUCCCGCUGCACCGGCUGGUCUGGGGGAACCGGCACCGGGAACUGGAGGCCGCGCUGCACAGCCGCCAGCACGACAUUGAACAGGAAGACCCCCGAGGGCGGACCCCCCUGGAGCUGGCUGUGUCCUUGGGGAACCUGGAGUCUGUGAGAGUUCUCCUUCGACAUAAUGCCAACGUGGGCAAAGAGAGCCGCCAGGGCUGGGCAGUCCUCCAGGAGGCGGUCAGCACUGGAGACCCCGAGAUGGUGCAGUUGGUACUUCAGUAUCGGGACUUCCAGAGGGCCACACAGAGGUUGGCUGGCAUCCCAGAACUGCUCAACAAACUCCACCAGGCCCCUGAUUUCUACGUGGAAAUGAAGUGGGAGUUCACCAGCUGGGUACCCCUUGUGUCUAAGAUGUGCCCGAGUGAUGUGUACCGUGUGUGGAAGCGGGGUGAGAGCCUGCGUGUGGAUACCAGUCUCUUGGGCUUUGAGCACAUGACCUGGCAGCGAGGCCGGAGGAGCUUCAUCUUCAAAGGCCAGGAGGCAGGAGCCCUGGUGAUGGAAGUGGACCAUGACCGGCAGGUGGUGCAUACAGAGAUACUAGGGCCAGCUCUGCAUGAACCAGAAGCCCUACUCGCUGCCAUGAGGCCCAGUGAGGAGCAUGUGGCCAGCCGCCUCACCUCUCCUAUCGUUUCUACCCACCUGGACACUCGCAAUGUGGCCUUCGAGAGGAACAAAUGUGGUAUCUGGGGAUGGCGAUCUGAGAAGAUGGAGACUGUUAGUGGCUACGAGGCCAAGGUGUACAGUGCCACCAACGUGGAGCUGGUGACACGCACACGCACGGAGCACCUUUCUGAUCAGGACAAGUCAAGGAGCAAAGGGGGGAAGACUCCGUUCCAGUCCUUCCUGGGGAUGGCCCAGCAGCACUCCUCCCACAGCGGGGCUCCCGUGCAGCAGUCAGCCAGCCCCACCAACCCCACAGCCAUUUCCCCUGAGGAAUACUUUGACCCCACCUUCAGCCUGGAAUCAAGAAAUAUUGGUCGCCCCAUUGAGAUGUCCAGCAAAGUACAGAGGUUCAAGGCAACCCUGUGGCUGAGUGAGGAGCACCCGCUCUCCCUGGGUGACCAGGUGACUCCUAUCAUUGACCUAAUGGCCAUCAGCAAUGCUCACUUUGCCAAACUGCGGGACUUUAUCACUCUACACCUCCCACCGGGUUUCCCAGUCAAGAUUGAGAUCCCCCUCUUCCAUGUGCUCAAUGCCCGGAUCACCUUCAGCAAUCUCUAUGGCUGUGAUGAGCCUGUGAGUUCCGUGUGGGUCCCGGCUCGCAGUUCUGUGUUUUCUGCUUCAGGUAUGAAUAAAGCUCCGGGAGGCAGAGGUGGCUGUGGGGCCUCUCUGAGCAGCCCUAGGGCUGAGUGUGGACCCUUCUGUUUGCCCUUGCCCUGCCCAGGGAGCCCUUUCCCAUGUGAGGUAGACCCCACUGUGUUUGAGGUGCCUGAGGGGUACAGCAUGUUGGGAGCUGAGGGCAACGAGCCCCUUCGAGAUGAAGAUGAUGACCUGCUGCAGUUUGCCAUCCAGCAGAGCCUACUUGAGGCAGGCACAGAGGCAGAGCAGGUGACUGUGUGGGAAGCGCUGACCAACACACGGCCUGGCACUCACCCUCCUCUCCAAGCUACAGUAUAUGAGGAGCCGCUUCAGCUGGAACGGGCCCUCCAGGAAAGCCUACAGCUGUCCACAGAGUCCAGGGGUCCAGGAUCUCCUCAGAGAACACCCCCAAGCUUUGAGGAGCAGCUUCGCCUGGCCCUGGAGCUGUCUUCGAAGGAAGAGGAGGAGCGGGAACGUCGGGGUCAGCAGGAGGAAGAGGACUUGCAGCGAAUCCUGAAGCUAUCCCUCACAGAGCACUGAGGCUCCAGGCCCUGGAGGGCUCUGCAGUCAUUCCCUCUGCCUGCUUUUGUAAUUUAUUUAUUUAUAAACUGCUGCUGUGCUUGGGGGGUCUGGAGCCUGGGGGGGGGGCUGGCAGUGGGACCGAGGGAAAUAAAGAACAGCAGCAGCAGAUUGGCUGUCCUCCCAGGGCUGGAGCCGACGGGACACUGGGUGGGGGGUUCUGAGGGGCAGUGACCUCAGUUCUAGCUUCAGACCCUCCACGUACGUAUCUGUAAAAGAGACCACUCACAGAGCAGGUGUUCCAGAAACUAUCCCCCUGAGCCCUACCCCACCUACCCAGGUUCCUCCUUGCCUCCCAGCCUGGCCUUCCUGGAAUCUGACCCUACUCCUAGGGGAGACAUAAAGGCUGGACCCCCAUCGCCUACCACAGCGGAGAGCUCCCACCCCCAACCCCGGGCUCAGGCACAGGUUCCUGCCUGGAUUCUACACUGGUGCGACUUUGAGUCACUUCCCCUUGCCCUGUUCACCUCCAGAGUGGCCCUGAGCACCCCUUGUGGCCUUCAGGGGCUAUUUCUUAAUUUUUCAUUUUAUGUUUAUGUGUGCGUUGCUUGCAUGUAAGUG